AGCGAAACUCGGCCACGGCUUGAUGUCCGGAGAAUAUUCGAAGCCGGCCCCGGAGCGGGAGGGGGACACACCGGAUCAGAAGGGCAUACAGGACGGAAUUGCACCGCGGAUGUUCAAGUCACUUAUCGGCAAAGGACACCCCGAAUUCUCAACCAACCGUCAGCAGGAUGCCCAGGAGUACUUCCUGCACUUUAUCAACAUGGUGGAGAGAAACUGCCGCAGCUCCUCCAAUCCCAACGAAGUUUUCCGGUUUCUGGUGGAGGAAAAGAUCAAGUGUUUGGCGUCUCAGAAGGUGAAAUACACGCAGAGGGUGGAGUAUAUCCUGCAGCUCCCGGUGCCCAUGGAGGCCGCAUUAAAUAAAGAGGAACUCUCAGCCUAUGAACAGGCCAAGCUGCAGGCGGAGCAGGAUCACCGCCCCCCUCCGGAGUUGGUACGCGCCCGCAUCCCCUUCACCUGCUGCCUCGAGGCCUUUGCAGCCCCAGAACAGUUGGAUGAGUUUUGGAGCGCCGCCCUGCAGGCCAAAUCUUCAGCACUGAAGACGUCGCGAUUCGCCUCCUUUCCCGAUUAUCUCGUUAUUCAGAUCAAGAAGUUCACAUUUGGCCUGGACUGGGUCCCUAAGAAGUUGGACGUUUCCAUCGAUGUCCCGGAUGAGCUGGACCUGUCGCAGUUUCGCGGCGGGGGUUUGCAGGAGGGUGAGGAGGAACUUCCAGACGUUGCCCCCCCAUUGGUGACCCCAGAUGAGCCCAAAGGUAGCCUUGGUUUCUAUGGCAACGAUGAUGACGACUCGUACUGCUCCCCUCACUUCUCCUCUCCGACAUCUCCUAUGUUGGAUGAGUCGGUGGUCACACAGCUGGUAGAGAUGGGAUUCCCCGCUGAAGCGUGUCGCAAAGCCGUAUAUUACACGGGCAACAGCGGAGCCGAGGCGGCCAUGACGUGGGUGAUGUCACACAUGGAUGACCCAGACUUUGCUCAGCCGCUGGUUUUAUCGGGGGUCAGUGCGCCAACUUCAGUCCCCACAGGAGGAGACCCCCCCUCAGAGGAGCACAUAGCCACCAUCAUAUCCAUGGGCUUCUCUCAUGACCAAGCAGUGAGAGCCCUUCGAUCCACGAAUAACAGCCUGGAGCGAGCCGUGGAUUGGAUCUUCUCUCACAUUGAUGAUUUAGAUGCCGAAGCUGCCAUGGAUCUGUCCGAGGGGCGAUCUGCCGCCGAGUCGGUGUCGGAGAGCCUCCCCGCCGCUGGACCUCGUGUGAAAGAUGGAAAUGGCCGAUAUGAAUUAUUCGCCUUCAUCAGUCACAUGGGAACGUCCACCAUGUGCGGCCACUAUGUGUGUCACAUAAAGAAGGAGGGAAGGUGGGUGAUCUACAAUGACCAGAAGGUCUGUGCGUCUGAGAAGCCCCCCAAAGACCUCGGCUACAUUUUCUUCUACCAGCGUGUUCACAGUUAAUCCCCUCCCCCUGCCAUAUAUGUAUUUAUGCCCCUGGAUCUCCCUCCUGGAGGGGGGGGAUGGGAUGGAGGGUGGAGGUGGCGCUCUAUUCAUGUGAACGAGACCUUCUUCUUUUGGUAUCUCCAGACCCUCCGGUCCCAUCACUGCGCUUCUUCCCGGAACCCACCGCAGUGAACGGCUCCCACUGGAAGGCGGGGGAGGGGUUACUGGACUGGAAAUGCGCUAGGGGCGGGACUCUGCGUGAUCUGAUUGGAUAUAGAAGACGCUUGGAUGUAGUAAGCUGGUUUAUGUAUUCCCACAUCUGACCCGUGUGAAUAAAGUUUCUUUUCCCCCAUUA